AUGGAAAAUGAUGAGCUCGUAGGAAAUGCUGGUGCCGUGUCAAGUGGAAUUUUACCAAAUAUCAGCAUCCCCCAACUGCCAUUCAUCAUCCCUUUCUCACACUCCACGUCCCUCUCCCAUCAAGUGGGAAAAGACCCACUUCUCUCAUUUAAUUCCAUUCUUUUAAAGGUUGUGGUAUCGUAUUUGUUUGUUUGUUUGUUGCAUCUGUUGAUUUCAAGGGAGCUGGCCAACCCAAAGUUGCCCUUUCCCCCAGUAGAUGAAUGUGAUGAUCCUCUUGUAUCUGAUUUGCCUCAGGCAUCCUUCAGCAGUUCUUCUGAGCUCUCCAGCAGCCAUGGUCCUGGCUUUGCCAGGCUGAACAGAAGAGAGGGAGCCGGAGGCUGGUCCCCACUUGUGUCAAAUAAAUACCAGUGGUUGCAGAUUGACCUUGGAGAGAGAAAGGAGAUCAACUCUGUCACCACCCAAGGGGGAUAUGGGAGCUCCAGCUCUGUGACCAGCUACCUCCUGAUGUUCAGCAACAGCGGCAGGAACUGGAAACAGUAUCGACAAGAAGACAGCAUCUGGGGUUUUUCAGGGAAAGUAAAUGCAGACAGUGUAGUGUACUAUCGGCUCCAGCCUUCUAUCAAAGCCAGAUUUCUAAACUUCACCCCUCAGGAAUGAAGCCCCAAGGGCAGAAUUGGAAUGCGAAUCGAAGUGUUUGGAUGUGCAUACCGAUCAGAAGUGAUUGAUCUUGAUGGAAAAAGUUCACUUGUGUACAGAUUUAAUGAACAGUCCCUGAGCCCAAUAGAAGAUAUUAUUUCCUUGAAGUUUAAAACCAUGCAGAGUGAUGGGGUUCUACUGCAGAGAGCAGGGCCGAGUGGAGAGCAUAUCACAGAGGAAUUAUAAAGAGGAAAACUUUUUCUACUUAUUAAUUCAGGUGCAGCUAAACUGCCCUCUACCCACACCCUGGUCAGUCUCACCCUGGGAAGCCUGCUGGACGAUCAGCACUGGCAUUCUGUGCUCAUCCAGCGUUUGGGCAAACAGGUCAGCUUCACAGUGGAUGAGCACAGGCGUUAUUUCCACACACAGGGAGAAUUCAAUUACCUGGAUCUCGAUUAUGAGAUCAGCUUUGGAGGGAUUUCAGCAUCUUCAAAAUCAGUAUCAUUCCCACUGAGCAAUUUCCAUGGAUGUUUAGAAAAUCUCUAUUAUAAUGGAGUGGCUAUCAUUGAUUUGACCAAGAAGCAAAACCCACAGAUCAUCAUGAGGUUAAGAGGAAAUGUGUCGUUUUCUUGUUCACAACCACAGUCUGUGCCUCUGACAUUCCUGAGCUCCAGGAGUUACUUGGCACUAUCAACCUCUUCCAGAGACGACGAGCUAUCGGUCAGUUUUCAAUUUCGCACCUGGAAUAAGGCGGGACUUCUGCUCUUCAGUGAACUGCGUCUCGUUUCCGGGGGUCUUCUCCUGUCACUCAGCGAUGGAAAACUUAAGCUGAAUCUCCAUCCACCGGGAAAAUUACCCAGUGAAAUUACAGCAGGUGGAGGCUUGAACGAUGGACAGUGGCACUCCAUCUCCCUAUACGCGAAAAGAAAUCACCUGAGUUUGACGGUAGACAGCCACCUGACCUCCGCUUCUCCUCUGCUGGGGCCUGAAAUUUAUUCAGGUGGCACUUAUUAUUUUGGAGCUAUCUACGAGCAGUCAUGUGAAGCUUAUAAACACAGAGGGAAUACCUCAGGGUUUUAUUAUAUAGAUUCCGAUGGAAGUGGUCCUCUGAGACCAUUUCUUCUCUAUUUUCACAUGACUGAAUCCUGUGCUAAUUGCGAACCAGUGGAUGUGAACUAUAGAGAAGUUUCUCUCAGUGUGACCCAAAAGGCAGGAGACAAAGGCCUCAAGCUGCCUUAUUGUCCUGCUCUUUUGGAGCUACCGGUGCACACCACUGAUUCACCACAAGGAAAGCCAUGGCUGAGUUGGCUAAAAAGAGAGAGUGUCCAACUGACUCUAUUUGCCAGUUCUGCCAACUUAUUUCCAAGUUUGGCAAUUGAGGCUCAGAUAUUACUCGACUUUCCUAAGGACACAGAUCCAUGCCAGGUCUGCAAACACAUCUCCUGA